UUUUUGUAGAGAGAGAGAGAGAUAAACCGGAGAUUUUUAGAGAGAGAAAGUGAAAGAGAGAGAGAGAGAGAGAGAAGAUCAGUUCGUCGUUGACGAUCGAUGUCGAAGAUGAAGCAUCUUCUACGGAAGCUACACAUCGGCGGAAGUAGUGGCGUCGGCGGCGGCGGAGGAGGAUUUGCUGACCAUCAUAGUAGGUUAGACGAUUCCACUAGACCCAUGAUCGAUCCUAGCCCUAUUCCUAGUACUAGCCCUAGCCCCGUCUCGACUUCUUCCGUCUCUUCAUCCACCGGUUUUGGCAACGCCUCCUCCGCGGCAGCAAUGCCGAGGCUUGAAACAUUGGAGCCCGUUGGCCGUGGUGAUCUGGCUUCUGUUGAUGGCGUCGAUUUCAAUUUGAUGGAAGAGGAGUAUCAAGUCCAGUUAGCUAUGGCGAUCAGCGUCUCUGAUCCUGAUCCGCGUGAGAAUGCUGAUACUGCUCAGCUUGAUGCCGCUAAGCGUAUUAGCCUUGGUGUUUCUGCUCCUCCCGUCACCGACGCUGAUUCCGCCGUUGACUUUCUCUCCCUCCGCUAUUGGGGACAUAAGGUUAUUAACUAUGAUCAGAAAGUCAGGGAUGGUUUUUACGAUGUGUAUGGGAUUACAUCCAAUUCUCUUUCACAAGGGAAGAUGCCACUUCUUGUCGAUCUUCAAGCGAUCUCUAUUUCAGACAAUGUUGAUUAUGAGGUCAUUUUGGUUAACCGAUUGAUUGAUCCUGAACUGCAAGAGCUUGAGAGGAGAACAUCCGCUUUGGCUGCUGAAUGUCCAGACUUUGCCCGUGGUCAAGUGUCAAGUGAUUUAACUCAGAAAAUUGCAAAUAUAGUUGUAGAGCAAAUGGGUGGCCGCGUUGAGAAUGCUGAUGAGGCAUUGAGAAGGUGGAUGCUUCGAAGCUAUGAACUAAGGAAUUCUUUGAACACUACUAUUCUUCCACUUGGACGAGUUAAUGUUGGUCUUGCACGUCACAGGGCUUUGCUUUUCAAGGUCCUUGCUGAUAGGAUUAAUCUCCCAUGUAUGCUUGUAAAAGGCAGCUACUACACUGGAACUGAUGAUGGGGCUGUGAACUUGAUUAAACUAGAUGAAAAAAGUGAAUACAUUAUUGAUCUAAUGGGUGCUCCGGGUGCUCUGAUUCCUGCCGAGGUUCCAGGCAGUUUUCUUCCAGUUGCUUGCACAGAUACAAGAGUAUUUCCUGAGGAUCUGGUCUCGUUUCAGCAUUCAACCCCUGAAGUUGAGAAAGAGAUUGAAACGCCAGCAUUUUCAGUUUUGGGGGAAACAGAUUCCAGAUCUGGUAUGGUGGCAAACUUCUUAACUGGAAACCAUAAAGAAAACAGUGACAGAAAUGCUGUUGAAAAACAUCAAACAGAGAGAUUUGAGCAUGAUUUUGGAAAGCUAAUGCAAUCACAGCAGAUAUCUGGUGAAAAUUUGCCUCCAUUUUCUGGGAAACCGACAUGUGCUCAGAAAGUGAAAGUUAAGAAUGUCUCCAAGUAUGUCAUAAGUGCAGCAAAGAACCCUGAAUUUGCGCAGAAAUUACAUGCCGUCUUGUUGGAAAGUGGUGCAUCACCUCCCGCAGAUUUGUUUAUGGAUAUUAACCCGCACAACUUGAGGGGGAAGAAUUUGCUUCAAGAAGUCAGCCUAGAUAGUAGCGAUUCUGAGGUUUCUGGUGUUCCAUGUCACCCAGAGAAGGUCGCAGACCAUUUAGCUAAACAACAGAGAGAAUCUGAAAGGAACCCCAAAGCUGAGACUUACCAACAAUCAGUGAAUAGAAACUUUGAUGUGGACAAUAUUGGUAAAGUUUCAUCAUCAGAAAAUAUAGAGAUUGGCACUGCUGAUGGGGAGUCUACUGUUUGUGAUAGUCAUGACCAAGGAAUUAAUCCAUUGCUCGGCGAAGCUGCAAAGUGGGAAAUUAUGUGGGAAGAUCUUCAGAUUGGCGAGCGCAUUGGUAUUGGUUCUUAUGGAGAAGUUUAUCGUGCAGAGUGGAAUGGAACUGAAGUGGCUGUCAAGAAGUUUCUGGAUCAAGAUUUCUCUGGUGAUGCAUUGACACAGUUCAAAUCAUUGAAAUUAUGUUGAGGUUACGCCAUCCAAACGUUGUUCUUUUCAUGGGAGCUGUUACUCGACCGCCAAAUUUCUCCAUUCUGACAGAGUUCCUACCUAGGGGAAGCUUGUAUAGAUUACUCCAUCGGCCAAAUCAUCAGCUUGAUGAGAAGAGGCGAAUGCGGAUGGCUCUUGAUGUGGCGAAAGGAAUGAACUACUUACACACCAGCCACCCGACUGUUGUACAUAGGGAUUUAAAAUCUCCAAACCUUCUUGUUGAUAAAAAUUGGGUUGUGAAGGUUUGUGAUUUUGGAUUGUCCCGCAUGAAACACCACACGUAUUUGUCCUCAAAAUCGACUGCAGGAACGCCUGAGUGGAUGGCUCCAGAAGUGUUGAGGAAUGAACCGGCUAAUGAGAAAUGUGACGUGUACAGCUUUGGUGUUAUAUUGUGGGAAUUAGCUACUUCACGUGUCCCCUGGAAAGGUUUGAACCCGAUGCAAGUCGUUGGAGCUGUGGGAUUCCAGAAUCGACGCCUGGAAAUUCCAGAUGAUAUCGAUCCAACAGUUGCACAGAUAAUCCGUGAAUGCUGGCAAACGGAACCACAUUUACGGCCAUCGUUUACACAACUGAUGCGAAGUUUGAAGCGGCUUCAGGGUCUAAACAUAAGCAACAGAUCAAAUACGAGUGAAAGUUUGAUGUAAGAUAAAGUAGAUAGAAGCUGUUGCUUCCACCUGGUCUGGUUCGAAGAACCAAAUGGGUGGGGGGAUAUUGCCAUUUUCUUCUUUGCUUUUUUUUUUUUUUUUUUUUUUUUUUUUUUUUUUUUUUUUUUUNGGUCAGACGAAAGAGGAAACAAAAGAAAAGAAAAGAAAAGAUUUGACGGGUAGGGGGAAAAGCUUGUGGAGUUCAAUCGAAGUGGGAGCUCAACAACAAAGAAAAAG